AUGGCUUUAGAAGCCUCGGUUCCCAGACUUGCUCUCGAGAAGGACGUCUACGUCGAUAUCACGCUCGAUGUGCUGGGCGAAUUCGACGCAGGACCGAGUGCGUCCACUAAAGAAAUCGCCAAGAAAGCGGGAAUCAGGAUCCAGGAUUUGCGCAAGAGGGUACGAGCCGAGAUCUACGCGCGCCUCGCAGAGCUUCGCCCCGCCAUGCGCAAACUAGACGACCGGUUCAUUCCCUCAUCGACCAGCCCAGUCCAGGUCCCCAUCAUGAACUACGGCUACGCUCUCACCUCCGAUGAAAUGCUCUACUGCGCCGAAACGUUCGGAGUGGACCCGUCUUGUGAUGUAUACCGAGACGGCGUGCCAGUCGGUACAACCAGCAAGUACAACUCGGGCCAUCUAGGCCUCGUGCAAACCUGCAUGCGCAGCUAUCUCGAAUGCCGAGGCAACGUCCUAAGCCGCUCUAUCGCUGUUGAAGAAGCAUAUCACCCCGAACACUUAACCUACUUCAUUCUGUUCUCGAACUAUGAUGUGGUGUUUAAGCGCGAGCGCGCGAAGCGGUACAGGCUCGAGAGUAUCAAGGCGAUUGUGGAGGAGAUGAAGAGGGGCUUCGAGGGAUAUGAGGGGAGGGUUCCGAGGGUUGGGUGGCACUGGGACGUCGAGAGGUGCGGGUAUGGGUAUUCGGCGCCUUGGGAUGAGUUCAACUUGUGGCCCGUCGAAGAGAAUAGUCAUUGGAGAAGGACGUUUAACGAUGUAUCUCCAGAGGCGCGUUCAGGACAUUGA